AUGACGCAACAGAUGCAGAAUCUGCAACUUACGCAAUCCAAAAAGAUCAGUGCCCCAUCUUCACCAAAUGCAGCUAAACGCCUAUAUCGAAACCUCUCUGAAAAAUUAAAGGGCAGCCACUCCUCGUUUGAUGAAGCUUACUUCCGAGCAAGAGCUGACCGUUUCCGGAAACCAUCUGUAAACUUCCAGUGCAAUGAAGCUGUGUUCGAGGCAGUUGAGCAGCAGGACCUGGAGGCUGUUCAGAUUCUUCUUUACCAAUACACAGCUGAAGAACUGGACCUAAAUACUCCCAAUAGCGAAGGACUAACUCCCUUGGAUAUUGCCAUCAUGACAAACAAUGUGCCUAUUGCAAGGACUCUUCUAAAAGCUGGAGCAAGGGAGAGCCCACACUUUGUCAGUCUGGAAUCUAGAUCCAUGCACCUGAAUUCUCUGGUGGAAGAAGCCCAAAUGAGGAUGAGCGAAUUGUCUGCAAAAAUACAAAACGAAGGAUUGGCAGUAGACAGCUCCGACAAGGAGAAGCAGCUCAAAUCCUGGGAGUGGAGGUAUCGUCUGUAUAAAAGGAUGAAGACGGGUUAUGAAUAUGCACGAGCCCCCGAGGUGCCGACCAACGUCUGCCUCAUGAUAACAAGCAGCACAUCACUCACUGUCACCUUCCAGGAGCCUCUGAGUGUCAAUUCAGCUGUUGUGACCAAAUACAAAGUUGAAUGGAGCACCUCUUCUGACUUCUGUCCAUUGGUCGGUGAAGCCAUCGUGGAUAAUCUACAGUCUUUGAAAUACACAAUUAACAGCCUCACUAUGGGUAAAAUGUAUUAUGCAAGAGUUUCUGCCUACAACAUGAAAGGAUGGGGGAAUGAUGAAAUUUCAAGCCCCCCUUGUGCUGCUCCUUCCAACUGGAAAGACUACGACGGAGAGCUUAAGCACAAGGGACAGAUUGAGGCAUUGGAGCGUCUGCUCCAGCAGGUCCGAGCCGUUCAUCAGCAUUACAGCUGUCGAGAAAGUGCAAAAUUACAAAAUCCCAGUCGCAAACAGUCUGUGUCCAGAAGUUUGAAACAUCUUUUCCACUCAUCAAACAAAUUUGUCAAGACCUUAAAGAGGGGCUUGUACAUAGCUGUAAUAUUUUACUACAAAGAUAACAUGCUAGUAACAAAUGAAGAUCACAUUCCAAUUGUAGAAAUUGAUGAUUCUUGCUCCAGUUCAAUUAUGCAAGAUUUCCUCUGGUUUACAAAGUUGUCAUGCAUGUGGGAUGACAUUAGAUGGCUACGGCAGAGUAUGUCGAUAUCAAUGUCUUCUUCGACCACCCUGCAAGCUAGACAGAAGAUGAUGGCAGCAGCUGCCCAGCUUCAGAAUUUGCUUGGCACUCACAACUUGGGACGGGUAUACUACGAGCCCAUAAAGGACAGACAUGGCAACGUCUUAAUAGUCACAAUUCGAGAAGUUGAAACUUUGUAUUCAUUUUUUAAUGGUAAAUGGAUGCAAAUUUCUAAGUUGCAAAGCCAGAGGAAAUCCCUAUCAACUCCCGAGGAACCGACAGCUUUGGACAUUCUGCUCAUAACAAUCCAGGAAAUAUUGAACUAUCAGAAGCAAAGCCAACAGCGCCUUUCCCCUGGGCUAUACCUCGGCUACCUGAAACUCUGCAGCUCCGUAGAUCAAAUCAAGGUUCUUGUUUCUCAGAAACCUCCCAAUAUGUUAUGCCACGUGAAGAUAAGGGACAACAGAAAUAUUUCCAAAGAUGAAUGGGAAUGGAUUCAAAAUCUGUCCAUUUCAGAGUCUUUGGAAAAUCUCGAGCUCUCUCUGGAUGCACAUACCCAACAGUUUCUGUACGAUCUCCAGGUGGCAGUGAAGGCCCUACUUAAACAAAUCAAUCUACCUCUUCACCAGGCCAAGCACUUCCGUCUGUAUACACAAGAGGUGUUGGAGCUGGGUCACAAUGUCUCCUUUCUUCUUCUGCUCCCUGCCUCAGAUGAUGUCUGCAGUGCCCCAGGACAGAGUAAUCCUUACACCCCACACUUAGGAUUCCUUAACCUCCCCCUUCAAAUGUUUGAGCUAGCUCACUUUUGCUGUUACAAAGAGAAGUUCAUCAACCUGUACUGCCGCCUGUCUGCAAUAGUAGAGCUGGACUCCUUGAUUUCUCAGCAGGCUUUGCGAGAAGCAAUUACAGAUGAAGAAGUUGGAGCUGCAAAGCAAAGACACCAGCAAGUCUUAGACUAUAUACAGCAAACCGAUGAAAUUUGGCGUGAAAUUAGAUGGAUCAUGGAUGCUCUUCAGUAUGCUAGAUAUAAACAGCCAGUAGCCGGAUUGUCAAUCACAAAAUUUCUCGACCUCACAGAAGAACAAAAUCAGAAAAAAAACAAUUCCACAUCUUCUCACCUAGACUGUCUCCCAUCCCCUUCACCAUCCCCAGAGCUGCAUGGGAGGAAGACCACAAGUGAUUCUCAGACAUGCUCGGAUGAAGAAGGCUGCUCAGAGGUGUUCCUCCCUACAGAUAGUGAUUACGAUUCCAGUGACCCACUGAGUCCUCGUGAACUAGACUUAGUUUACUCAUCUUCACAUGACAUCUCUCAGCAAGCCAUGUCGGGUCUCAGUGGAAGUGCACCUGAUGUUCUCCAAGUUCAUGAUAUGAAGCCUUGCCUGACUUUGAAAGAAGAAUGCAGUGCUUUAGAUCCCAACACUGAGUUCUGCACUAGAUAUAUGGAAAACCUCUCAGUAGUGGGUUUCCCAUCAAAAACCACAGAGAAAACAUCCAACUCGAAGCAGCACUUAAGCCUAUUAGGCAAAAAGAGGUCUGGGAAACGUCAGCAUUGCAACUACUUUAGUCGUCAUCACCGCUGGCUUCGGGUGCACAGUGAAUCUCACUCAUUAUCUCUCUCGGAAGGCAUUUACACACAGCACAAGUCGAGAGCUGUAGAUUUCAAUGAAGAGCCUACCUCUGGUCAACAUAUCACAAUACCGGUGGAUAGCCCUAGAAGCACUUUUUUACCUCACACUGCAAGCUUGCCAGAAGAUGGCAAAUCCAAGUACAUUGAAUCAAAAACAAAUGUACGCAGGAUAUAUGUUGAGCCUUACAAGCAGAGCUUAUCUGAAGAAGAGGGUAAAACAUGGACCUUGAAUAUAGAGGGUUCUCAUUCUCCAGCCAAGGAACCUUCCUUGCAGGUUAUUGCUGCUCCAGAUUUGGACCCUGAUGAGAAGAACAACUUGCAGUUAUCAGAGGUGUUUAGCAGCACAUUAUAA